UCCUGCGCGGCAGAUCCUGAACCAUGUAGCAACUUGUCAACUAACGUUAGCUUCAGAUGUUUCUCUUUCCUUCGUUCGUGUACACUUUACAGCCUUUGCCGUCUUGAGAUCACGGUGUUAGUCAUCUGCUCUCCCACGCAUGAAUGCCCACUUGUGUGUAACACUGCUGUCGAUAUAAUGUCAUGCUAAUGUUGCUAAGCUUUAUUGUUGCUGCCCACGUUAGCAACGUUAGCUGGUACCGUUAGCCGGGUUAGCUAGCUGCGGUACAAGUUCGCAAACUUUUAAGAUAACUGUCGUACUCGUGCAAGUCCAGGUGGGUGUACAUGGAUCAUAUAUUUGUGGGUAACUAGAUGUUUUGGCUAGCUCGGAGUGUUUUAUAAUCAUCUGAAUUUGCGAAUGCCUCUGAAGUUAGCGUAAGCUGCAGCAAAGUUCAUCAUCAUGUCCAAUCAGCUAACCGCAGAGCAGCAGCGAAAGAUUGAAGAAAACAGACGGAAGGCUCUGGAGAGAAGAGCCCAGAGACUCGGACAGACCAUCAGCAACAAUAAGCAGACCCCAGUGUUCUUCAGCAGCUCUUCAGUGCAGGUACAGCCCUCUAAACACAGCUUUGCCUCGGAUCCUGCUACUGUGACUCGUCACAGAGAGACACUCAGCUCUGCUCCUGCACCAAAACGGUUUGUGCCACCCUUCAGGAAAGACUCACAGAGCCUCAAUAACUACAAUCAGGACCCCAAACAUCAGCAGUUACCUGGCACUAGCAACCAAAUCAAUCAGAAUACUCUUUAUAACUCUGCUCCUAAAAGACAGAUACAGCUUAUUGACCCACUUCCUCAGGCAGCAAAUCAAAAUGUAAUCAGCCCUGUCUCGUCUAGUGGAGGAAGCAUUGGUGUGAAGCCAGCUCAUCCCACACCUAACCCCACCUCCAACAGCUCAGGUGGUGCAUUUGGCUCAUUCUACAAGCAAACUAGUAAACCUGCCCAAAAUCCUGUGGCACAGCUUCCCUCCAACUCAUCAACUCUGAAUGCUGUACCUGCAAAAAAGCCUGCCAUCUCUGUAAGAGGAAAGUGUGUAGCUCACACAGAGGGCCGCUUCAGAGUCGAAGUGGGCUACCAUGCAGAACUGAUUGCUGUUUUCAAAUCCAUCCCCACAAAGAGCUACGACCCUGCCACAAAGAUGUGGAACUUCAGUCUGGAGGACUAUCGACAGCUAAUGGAGGAAACAGCUGGUAUAGCCUCUGUGUCAUUGAGGCCUCUGGAUGGAAUGGAGGCAGUGGACGUUGCAGCAGCCACCAGCCGAGCUCGUGACGGUGCAGCAUUGGGGGCGCUGCUCAAGCUGUGUAACGGCUGGCAGAAACCUGGAGCCACUCUGCAGGGCCAGUGCGUCCUGGUGUCUCCGACAAAGUUUGAAGUUGACAUUGGUUACCAUGUGGAUGUCAUUGCAGCGUUCAAGCAGAUGCCAACAAAGAACUAUGACAUGAAAACCAGAAAGUGGAGAUUUUCACUUGUGGAUUACAAGAGACUCUUGGAUCUCCUCAGUGGGAUAGCAGCAGUGGAGGUGGAGCCUCUGCCCAGGGCAGUGGUCCAGGCUUUCUCUGCCAGGUUUGACGGGACCGAAGCCAGGUCUUUAGACGUCCCUGAGGCAGACCUCUCCAGCAUCGACCCCUCGCUCACCUGCAGCCUUAUGCCCUUUCAGAGGGAGGGAGUCAAUUUUGCGGUGUCUAAACAGGGCCGCCUCCUCCUGGCUGAUGACAUGGGCUUGGGAAAGACGGUGCAGGCCAUCUGUAUAGCAGCCUACUACAGGAAUGAGUGGCCCUUGCUGGUCGUGGCUCCCUCCUCUGUGCGAUUCACCUGGGCUGAGGCCUUCAGACGCUGGCUCCCCUCCCUGAGUCCUGACAGCAUCAACGUGGUGGUGAAGGCCAAAGACAAUCUGCGGUCUGCUUUGGUCAACAUCAUCAGCUACGACCUGCUGAGCAGGAUGGACAAGCAGCAGCUGGGAAACCCCUUCAAUGUCCUCAUCAUGGAUGAGUCUCACUUCCUGAAGAACAUAAAGACUGCUCGCUGUAAAGCAGCUUUGCCUCUGCUGAAGGCAGCAAAGAGAGUGAUUCUUCUGUCUGGGACCCCUGCCAUGUCCAGACCCUCUGAGCUGUACACCCAGAUUCUGGCUGUCAGACCAACACUCUUCCCCCGCUUCCACGAGUUUGGGAUACGCUACUGCGGUGCCACACAGGCGACUUGGGGGUGGGAUUACUCCGGCUCAUCUAACCUCGGGGAGUUAAAGCUGUUGCUGGAGGAGUGUCUGAUGUUGCGUCGUCUCAAGCGCGACGUCCUCUCACAGCUUCCCUCUAAACAACGCAAGGUCGUCACAGUGACCAUAGAUGGUGUCAACACCCGCAUUAAAGCUGCUCUGUCAGCUGCUGCCAAGCAGUUGGCCAAUGGGCACCGCAAUAAAAUACAAGAGAAGGAAGCCCUCCUCAUCUUUUAUAACCACACAGCCGAAGCCAAGCUGCAAGCCAUUAUGGAGUACAUCACAGACACGCUGGAGUGUGGGAGGGAGAAGUUUCUCGUGUUUGCCCAUCAUAAGUUAGUCCUGGAUCACAUUACAACUGAACUGGUUAAAAAGAACGUCAGUCACAUCCGUAUUGACGGGUCCACUCCUUCAGCUGAACGGCAGCAGCUGUGUGAUAAGUUCCAGUACGUGACCAAGACCUGUGUGGCCGUACUGUCCAUCACUGCAGCUAACAUGGGUCUCACCCUGCACAGUGCUGACCUGGUGGUCUUCGCUGAGCUUUUCUGGAACCCCGGGAUUUUGAUUCAGGCGGAGGACAGGGUGCACCGUAUUGGACAAACCAGCAAUGUGAACAUUCACUACCUGGUUGCCAAGGGAACAGCUGAUGAUCACCUGUGGCCAAUGAUCCAGGAGAAAAUGAAUGUUUUGGAGCAAGUGGGCCUGUCGGAAUCAAACCUCUCCGACAAAGCGGUGAACGCCAGCUUCCACUCUAAGGACCCUAACCAGAGGAGCAUCAUGGAGAUGUUCCAGAGGUCGUUCACUGAGGAUGACGACGUGGAUGAGGCCAUCUUACUGGAGGCUGCAAAAGACUGGGAGGACACCCCGCCUGAUAACAGUACUGAUCAACACCUCAGCAUGGUCGGAUAACACCCCGGCAAAAGACAAAUCAAAGAUUAUUUUAGCAGAUGACGCGGAAACUUUUGUUUUGAGAAACUAGAUUAACAUCACCUGUUUGUUUGUUUAUUGAAAGGAGUCUAGAUUCCUAGUUUUUAACCUAUCAUGACUGCUUUAGACUUUUUUUCGUUUUGUAAAAGUUAAAGGUCCAGUGUGUAGGAUUUUGGGGGAUCUAUUGGUAGAAAUGGAAUAUAAUGUUCAUACCUUUUCAUUCCUUUUUUAAUUUUUAGUUCGUAAUCUCCUCAAACUUAGAUUUUUUUUGCUUUUGUUAGCUUAGAAUGAGCUCUUCAUAUCUACAUAGGAAGUGGGUCCUCUUUCAGAGCCCGCCAUGUUGCACCGCUAUGUUUCUACACUAGCACUAACACAAAUCGUAAAGCAAACCCAAACACAUUUUCACGUUACUGUAAGCGAGGGGUACUCAGCUGGCUGCAGUCUGUAAGCUCACUGCUAGAUGCCACUAAAUCCUACACACUGUUCCUUUAACAAACAUGCCAGUGAUAAAUAAAGAUGUAAAAUAACAAUCUAAAAA